AUGGAUAACUGGCAUCCUUUUGGUCCCUUAGUGGAGAAGUUUGGCUUCAGAAUUGUGUAUGAUUCUUGUAGCAAUUUGGAGGCCAAAUUAUGUUCUGUCUUGAAGGAUGGUAUAUGGUGUUGGAGACCGGCUCGCUCUGAAGAUCUUGUAGAAAUUCAAACUAAACUUCCAGAAGUGCACUUGGGUGUUGUUGAUUCUCCUGUUUGGACAAUCUCUCGUUCUGGUGUUUAUGUUAGUGCAGAUACAUGGAACCACUUCCGAAUUAAGAGAAGCUGUGUCAACUGGUGGCCUUUGGUUUGGCACUCUUACUCCAUCUAUAAGCAAGCUUUUAUUCUUUGGUUGGUGUUUAAGAAUAGACUUACAACUGGAGAUCGAAUGCUUGCAUGGGGGUAUAAGGGAGACACUGCUUGUGUAUUUUGUCGGAAUGGUACAAAGAGUAGAAAUCACCUAUUUUUUGGUUGUGGGUUUUGUUCUCGCUUAUGGCGAACUUGUAUGGAACGGUGUAAUAUACCAAAUCCUCCAAAUGAUUGGGAGGAUAUUCUUGAGGAAGGGUGUCGAAGUUGGAAGACGAAGGCCAUGAGAGGGGUUCUUUGUCGGUUGGUGCUAAGUGCCACCGUUUAUGAAAUUUGGAAGGCUCGUAAUGCUAUUCGGCAUGGAGGACAGAUCAAAACUGAAGAACAGAUAUCGAAAUCUAUCAUUUGGGAAGUCCGGUAUAGAGUUUCGGGGAAGAGAAGUUUUAAGAAGAAUCUGGAAAAUAUUAGUUUGUGUUUGAACUGGAACAUUGAUUUUAAUGUUUUGGUUUAA